UUUUCUGUUAUCUGCUUUCCUUCUAAGCUGCUUUGGUCUGCCCCCUUUUUCACCUUCAUUUGCUACUACAAUACUCUUCAAAGCCACACUUCAAUCAUUCACAUUCUUUACUUCCUUCUAUCUGAUAUUAAUAUAACCACUGAGCUCAGGAAUGUUACAAGAAGAAGGGAAAAUAAUCAAGAAGAUUCAGAAUUAGAAGAUGAAGAUCAUGACCCUUCGAAUCACGAACCAUGGCAUGUAAAUCCAGGUGGUUUAGAUGAAGCUUUAAUCAAGUCUAUUACUGUGUUUAAGUACAAGAAAGGUGAUGGAUUAUUGACUGAAGGCACAGAUUGUUCUGUUUGUUUAAGUGAAUUUCAAGAGGAUGAAAGCCUUAGACUUUUACCAAAAUGUAGCCAUGCUUUUCAUGUAAUGUGCAUUGAUACAUGGCUUAAAUCUCACUCCAAUUGCCCUUUAUGUCGAGCUAAUAUCAUCUUUCCAAAUGCUUCACCUUCUCCAAUCAUGGAAAUUACUCCUCUAUCUAAUGAACCAACUCCACAACUCCAACCUGAAAAUGAUAUAGAAAUGGGCAUUAGAGAAGAAGAAACACAAGAAGAAGAAGAUGUAACAAGCCAUAUUAAUCAAGAAGUUAGGAGAUCAGUGUCAGUGGACUAUGGAUCACAAGGUCGUUUAUCGAUAGCUGAUGUAUUAAGAAUUGAUCACGACGAAUUCCAAGAUUGUGUAAUGGAAGAUGGGCAGUUGCAAAGAGAUGUUGGAACAUCAAAAUUACAAGACAAUAAUGGUGAAGAAAUGAGUAGGAGUGGGAUUAGAAACAAUGUACUUACACAUUGUGUGGCAAGUCCAAUGGUGAUGAAGAGAUCAUUAUCCAGUGGGAGAUUAUUGUUUCCCAAACGUGGAAGAGUACAAAACUUGGUCAUUCCUUUGUCAAAUAUUUGAAUAAUUUUGUGUCAAGAUUUAGAGGGAUUUUUCUAUGCGUUUAAACAAAUUAAGAGUCAGUAACCAUGAGUUUGAAAGGUCUUUUUUAUUUUAGAAAUUGAGCUUUUCUGUUCUUUAGUUCAUCCACUAUUUUUGUAGGGCUGAGUGAGUGGAGGAUUGUUCUAUGCAAAAAUCAAGGGAGAGCUCAUCUCUAAUGGGACUCCAUUGGUAUGAUUUCUUGAGUUUUAUUUGUUUGAUUAUUGUGUGAUUGGCUAGUCUUGUUACAUUAUUGUGUUGGAGUUGGAUUUAAUAGGCCUAAAAAAAUGUUGCACCAA